CCGCCGUCGGACGCCAGGUGUCGGAGGUCACAGCAUCGCUGGCGGUGGCGUUUUUUUCCUACCCGGAAACCACGGCUGCGGGAUCCAGAUUAGCCCGCGUCGCGGCGGCGCGAGCCAGACUGGCCUCUGGUUCUCGCGCGGCCCCCGCGGAGCCGGAGGCUGCUCCCGGCGCGGCGGGGAGGAUGGUGCCGAGCGGCCCCGGGCCCGCUGCUCGCCGCCGCGAGUGAGCUUGGAGCGGCCCCGGGCGUCCACUGAGCAGCUGGCCGGGCCGGGCUGGGCCGGGGUGCGCCCCAGCCCGCCGGGGCGGGUGGAGCUGAUGAGAAGAAUGCUCGCCAUUAACCCCCUGGAUAACCUGAAGCUGUACAUCAGCAGCCGGCCCCCCUUGGUGGUCUUUAUGAUCAGUGUGAGUGCCAUGGCCAUAGCUUUCCUGACCUUGGGCUAUUUCUUCAAAAUCAAGGAGAUUAAGUCACCGGAAAUGGCAGAGGAUUGGAAUACUUUCCUACUGCGGUUUAAUGACUUGGACUUGUGUGUGUCAGAGAAUGAAACGUUAAAGCACCUCACAAAUGACACCACAUCUCCAGAAAGCACAAUGACCAGCGGGCAGACCAGAGUAUCCACCCAGUCCCCACAGGCCCUGGAGGAGUCAGGCCCUGUUAACAUCUCAGUCACAAUCACCCUGACCCUGGACCCACUCAGACCCUUUGGAGGGUACUCUCGCAACGUUACACAUCUGUACUCGACCAUCUUAGGGCAUCAGAUUGGACUUUCAGGCAGGGAAGCUCAUGAGGAGAUCAACAUCACCUUCACCCUGCCAGCAGCUUGGAGCGCAGACGACUGUGCCCUUCACGGCCACUGCGAGCAGGUGGUAUUCACGGCCUGCAUGACCCUCACGGCCAGCCCUGGCGUGUUCCCUGUCACCGUACAGCCACCACACUGUGUUCCUGACACAUACAGCAACGCCACACUCUGGUACAAGAUCUUCAUGACUGCCCGAGACGCCAACACAAAAUACUCUCAAGAUUACAACCCUUUCUGGUGUUACAAGGGGGCCAUUGGAAAAGUCUAUCAUGCUUUAAAUCCCAAGCUCACAGUUAUUGUUCCAGAUGAUGAUCGUUCAUUAAUAAAUUUGCAUCUCAUGCACACCAGUUACUUCCUCUUCGUGAUGGUGAUAACAAUGUUUUGCUAUGCGGUUAUCAAGGGCAGACCCAGCAAAUUGCGUCAGAGCAGUCCUGAAUUUUGUCCUGAGAAGGUGGCUUUGGCUGAUGCCUAAUCCCACAACUGCCCGUUUUCUGAGAGAGACUGAGCAAGCUGUAAUCAACGCCUGCUGACUCCAGCCUGGGCCUGGACACUCUGUGAAUACAUUAUCUUGCAAUGUUGGGUUAUUCCAGCCAAAGACAUUUCAAGUGCCUGUAACUGAUUUGUAUAUAUUUAUAAAAAUCUAUUCAGAAAUUGGUCCAGUGAUGCAUGUGCUUCGCCCGGGCUGCAUCCCGAACCUGCAGCCUCCUGUGGCGGAUGACUCCAACGAUUCCUCAUCUCCCUGCGUCGCAGAGGGCCGUGCUGUUUACCAAGGUCAUGGGCGUCACAUUGCUGGGGGGUGAGGUUCACUUUGGGUCAAGACAGUCUGCACCUUUGACAUGACAGUGCAUUUCCCAAGCCACCAGUUCAUGUUGUGGAUUUUAUGUGUCUGGCUUAAUAAGCAUAGUAACAACAAUAAUACCUAUUCUCGGUUUUGCUUGCAAGGAAACAUACCUAUCUUUCUAAGUUUUCUUUGUUUUCCUUUGGAAAAAAAUAGUCACAUUUUAAUAAUACUAUGGUUAGGACAGACUUUUGCUUUCAUCUUGUGUAAAAAGGUAAAUAUUUAAGAGUCACCUACAUGGUCAAAGAUCUAAGUUUCAUUUUUCACAUGGAUGGUGAGGAGCCUGGUCUUGUGGAGCUGAGUUGGCACAGAAAGUUCUGUUCUUUCUUCCUCUGUUGUCCCUCCCCUCCAUUCUAAAAGUUAAAGCACCUUCCUCACUCACAAGGGCUUAAAAAGUAAGUAAAUGUCUCUAGAGUAAAAAUUACCCAUUUCAUUUUCUGGGAUGCAAAUGACAGUGUGGAAAGAGAAUGAUGAUUUUUGGUCUAAGGGUUACAAAAGGAUUUCAUGGUUCCUUUGAAGAGGGAGUAGUUUUUCUUUCUUCCUCCCUUACUUUUCUCUUGCAUUUAUUUCUAUGCAGUUAACAUGACUUCAGAAGGAAAAGGGUAACUAGUAGAUCAGUAACGUUAUAAAAACGAUGCCUGUGAAAUCUGAAUUAAAGCAAUUCUGAUUUGCCGUUUAUCAGGGAAACCCAGAGCAUCUCUUUCCUGUGACAUUUUGAUGAUCUAUUUCCAUUACCCCUUUUUCCUUCUGAAACAUCUUCAUUUUUUAAAAAGUGUGCAUUAUCUUUUCUAGUCCUUUCUUGUUACUUGUAUUCCUACUGUUUUUCUUAAUAGCUCUUUGCCUUAAAGCUCAUGUCGUUAAUGACUUCCGUGGUCUUACAAGCAAUGUUAUAGCUGAAGGGCAAAUGAAGCUUUGGGGACGACUUCAGCACGCCUUUCCUUAGCUUAGCUCCAGGUCUGGGUAGCCUGUUCUAAAUGAGAGUCAAUCCUGCAGUCUGAAAUAUAGACCGGCCUAGAACAUUUCAUCCCAGGCAUUCUUGAAUGGAAAACAGUUGUGGGCUUUUACUGGAGAUUGUUAAAAUAACCGCUAUAGUAAUUUGAUGUUAAAAUAUGUAUUUUCCUUUCAGUACAUUUCAGGUGCAGUAAUCGUGAUGUCUGUCUAGUUAUGUGUAUGCCGUGAGUUGCUUACAUGAUGCAUGGCUAGCCUGUUAAUUUAGUUUUCUCUUUGGAGACUUCGAGACUCUUAUGAGACAAGAUUGAAAAAGCUGCUUGGCUUGGCCUUUAGAAACAUCAGUAUCACUGAGACCAGCAGACUGUAGGUUAAGCCGCUACUGAAUCAUGAGUUAAAAAAUCCGAUGAGUGGAGUUUAGAGAGAGAUUUGUAACUGGCAGAGUAAGGAGAAAGGUUGAAAAAGUCACGUUCACUGGUUUGUUUAAUCCAGCUUGUUGCUAAUAGUAAUUACCCUUGUUUUAACUACAAGGAAUAGCUGGAACCAUAGCCAGGGGAGGACGGAUACCGUUAGGCAGGAGGAAAGGGAGUGUCAAAAAUGCCUGGCCAGUAUGACUUGUCCUAAGGCCAGGACACACACUUUAACACCCAGCGUUUACCCCAGCAGGUCAUUCUCAGAGGUGGAAACCCGAGUCAGUCAGGUGUCUGAAGGAAGGCUUGGCAGAGGGGAGGCCGGGGACUGGGCGAAGCCAUCUAGUGACAGCAGACACUCCCCUGGGUUUCAGGAAGUACAGCGACCUGCUGCUGUGGGAGCACUACAGACAAGGCCUGGUCCUCUGCAGUGUCAUAGACGGGGCGACCCCUCCUAGGAGCACUGGCUCGUCCUCAGGCAUCUUGGACUGGUGGUCCAGUAAAAGGUCAGCACCUUACUGUUGAAGUGGUUGUUUCAGAUCAUAUUGAUCUCUUUCCUUUUUCCUUUUGUUCUGUCACUGUAUCACUUGAAUCAGUUGUGAUUCUUUGUAAGUUUUUCUCACCAUCAGGAAUGUGCUGUUUCUGUUGCAUCUUCUUUGGCAGUCUGUAGGGAGUCAGGUCCUGGUGUGCAGCCCUGCUGCAGGCACCGUGGGUCAUGAGGCCAGUGGGUCCAUUUCACCUACCUUGCUGCAUGAUGGUCAGUAGCUGAUCUGUUCGGCAUUCACUCCCAUGUUAAUUUUCAGUGUUUGAAGUAUGUGCAUAUGUGCUUUACAGAAUAAAACAUCUGAAUUUA